UUUCAGUGAAAUAACUAUAGGAAUAGAUUAUUCAUCAUGGUUUAUUGCAAUUAUCUUGAAGAUUUUAUUAAGUACAUCAGAAUAGUCAAAGAAAGAACUUCAUACUUAAUAAUAUUCAUUAUGUACUGUGUAAAUAUAUGGACGCCGAGAAUGCGACCGCAACCUACCAUCGCCUCCCUCACGAUGGCCGUGUGACGAGCGGCAGCGGUUCGAUGGACGACACCGACGGGGCGAGAGGCGUCGCGACGCCCCCGGCACCGACGCCGCCGGACGAUGCACCGCCGGCGCCGGACUCGUCGCUGGACGAGAUUGGGCGCGAAAACAAAAAUAAGGGGAUUGAUACCAAGGAACUAUGGAGUAAGGCUGUACAGAAAGUGGCUAACGAACGAAAAAGAAAACCUCACUUUUCUUCGAUAGCUUUCUCAUUCAUCGAUGCCCACAAGCAAGUCAAAAAGGACGUUUCCUUCACGCCUCCUGCGUCACCAAGGCAUACUGGGAUUUUGAAACAUGACAGUACGGACAAUAGCCUGAACUGCCAUCUCUCUAUUCCGAUGAGCGAUUCCACCUCGCUGAAGAAUGGAAAAUUCGAAGAACCUCUGGACACGAUCAGUUGCAGCCCUAGAGCUGAUAAGGCUAUCUCUUUCUACGAUGAAGAAUCUUACUCAGCUAUCCAUGAAGCUGAUUUUGCGACUGUCUUCAAGAGAGGUCUUAUGUACAAAGGGAUCUACUGGCCAAGUUUAACAAACAGUUUUCACUGUAAAAUUCUGGAGCUAGCGUAUUUGAGGAAUUCCCAUAGGCAGAGACAAAAGUCACUUAUCAUCGUUAAUAUCGUCGAUCUUCUUCUCAAGAUAUCUCUGAUAUUGGUGUGGACCCUGCACAACGGUAACACCAAAAUUGACUUGCGAUCGAAUGCGGACACCAUCGUCUGGUCAAUUUGCUGCAUGUCGAUCAACAUCGCCAUUUGCGUUCUAGGCUGGUGGAGAUGCUUCGCAAAUAAUUAUCUGCACUGGGCAGCAGUGUGCACAUGGAUGCUCCUUACCUUGCAAAGUUUUUGUGCAAAAGGCGUUGGCUUUGGCGUCAAAGAGGAAUUGGUGUGGUACAUUUUGUUCACCAUCUUCGUCCCAUAUGCAAUGUUACCUCUUCCACUCAGAUGGUGCAUGAUGGCAGGCGCACUAGCUUCGAUAGGACAUAUAAUUAUAAUAGUGCUCCAAAUAUACGAUGGCGCAUACAAGUGCAACGACUCCGACGACUGCAAAAUAAGAAGAGUGAUGGCGAACGUUCUGUUGUAUAUAUGCGUCAAUUUCGCCGGAAUGUAUACGAAGUAUUUGACCGACAGAAGCCAAAGGAAGGCUUUUCUGGAAACGCACAGAUCAAUGGAAACCAGAUACAGAACGCAGAGCGAAAACGACAAACAGGAGAAGCUGUUGUUAUCAGUAUUGCCAGAUUUCGUGGCGAAAGAAAUGAUCAAAGACAUAGAGAAAGAAGAAAAAGAAAGAGACGGAAAAACAGCGGAGCCCCAUCCAUUUCAUAAAAUUUAUAUACACAGAUAUGAAAAUGUCAGUAUCCUCUUUGCUGACAUCAAAGGUUUCACAGUUUUGUCAACGAAGUGUACAGCACAGGGACUUGUGAAAAUCCUCAACGAGCUUUUUGCUAGAUUUGACAAACUUGCGGCGGAGAAUCACUGCUUGAGAAUAAAAUUAUUGGGAGAUUGCUACUACUGUGUCUCAGGUCUGCCAACGCCCCGAUCAGAUCAUGCUCAUUGCUGCGUGGAAAUGGGCUUACACAUGAUUAAAGCAAUCAAAGAUACCAGACAGAAAACGCAGGUUGAAGAUUUGGACAUGAGGAUAGGUAUUCAUUCAGGUUCGGUAUUAUGUGGAGUUCUGGGUUUAAGGAAAUGGCAGUUCGAUAUAUGGUCAUCUGAUGUACGACUUGCAAACCAUAUGGAAUCAGGAGGCAAACCAGGGCAGGUACACAUUUCUGAAGCUACUUACCAGUGUCUGAAUGGCGCAUAUGAUGUGGAACCCGGUAAUGGCCAGGAGAGGGAUGCAUAUUUGAGGGAACACGACGUAACGACCUACUUGAUCAAACAAGUCGAGCCAAUGAGGACAAGAAAGCGGUUUGCUUCUAGGCCUAGUAUUUUCUCUAAUAAGCUGUGGAUGGAUGAAGACAUUGGAAGCUGUUGGACCACAUCUCCUAAAAGUCCAACGACACCAGCUUCUCCACCAUCAGUGAUGCCCAGCGAAAGAAGUGACAGCGGUAUACAACAUAGCGGCAUCGAAGAUGAAAAUAUCACAGACUGGACGCCAGAAAUUCCUUUCGAAAAUCUACACAGGACUUUGUCUUCUGAGAUGGAUGAAGAAAAUGAAACUUCAUCGUACAAACAAAAAUAUGAAUCAACAGACUCGCGAUACAGAAAGCGAGGUUCAACUUAUGUUUCCACCUUAGAACAAGUGGACGAGAUAAUAGACCACAGUAUAGAAAUCGAGAGCAAUAAAAAGAUGAGAGAUGAAAACAUGAAUUCAUGGACCUUGAGAUUCGUCGAGAAGGAUAUGGAACAUCAGUUCAGUCAACUACGAGAGGAUAUGUUCAAAUCGAACAUGAUGUGCUGUUUCGUAAUAUGGAUCUUCAUCAUAAUAUGCCAAGCUGUCAUCACUUGUUUGAAGAUCUUCGUCAUUAUAUGCAUCUCAAUCACCACCAUCGUCCUACUAGUAACGUUAAUUUUGGUAAUGGCCGAGGAAUUCGAUCAGCUUCCAGAAUCACUAAGAACCACUUCCUCAACGUUCGUACACAACAGGCGGAGAAGAACCGCAUUGAUAUGUGGCGUCAUAAUCCUGAUGGCCUCUACCAGCUCCCUAAGUCUCAUAAACAUUGAAAGUUACCCUACACGGACCAAUAACACCACCCAAAACGCAGGCUUGGAGCUAAAACUCUCAAAAGGCCUCUUGGGCGAAGACAAUUCCCAAAACUCUUCUCUGAUACUGAAUCUCUCUCUACAAGCCACCAUGAACAGCAAUUUCACUAUAAACGUUGAUAAAACAGGUAACUGUAGUGACAGGUGCGUGAGGGAUAUUUUCGAGAAGAUCGAUUUGAAUGGCAUCAUCGAAGAUGCAGCGAACAUCUCGAGAUUGGCUAACAAAACCUCGACUGUGAUGAAGAGCCUCAAUCAAAAACUGUCAAAUCUCACGCGAGGAUUGAUGGAUUCCCAUCACAAUCUUGUACUGAAGAACAGGAGGAAAAGGGGCAUCGAGAGCUCCACACCGUAUACCUCCUUGUCUACUAUCGAUAUUGUCAGUAAUUUCACUGAGGCGACGUUGCUUGUGAAUCUGGAUUGUAAACGUCCAGAGUACAUAGUGUUCACUUGGGUGCUCUGCUUGAUAGCUCUGGCGACUGCGCUGAAACUUCACUAUUUGAUCAAGUUGCUGUUGGCUGUUGUCAUGAUUACUGUUUAUGGAAACUUAAUCUUGUUACCCUUCAGUUUAUUCGAAAGUACUAUGGAAGGAACGGUUGAGCCAUUCAUUCCACUAUCAGCGCAGAUGUUCAUUCUACUGAUGGUAUUUUUUGUGAUGGUCACUUACCAUGCCAGACUUGUUGAAGUUACUUCUAGACUAGACUUCCUAUGGAAACAACAGGCCGAAAGAGAAUUGAACGACAUGCAAGAAACUCGGCACAAUAACACCCAGCUUCUGAAAAACAUUUUGCCGGAUCACGUGGCACAGCAUUUCUUGAGAAUGGAUAGGAAUAGUGAGGAACUGUAUGCCCAGUAUAGACAUGAAGUCGGUGUCCUAUUCGGCAGCAUCCCUAAUUUUACAGAUUUUUAUUCAGAGGACAUAAAUAAGGGGGUUGAAUGCAUAAGACUUCUGAAUGAAAUAAUAGCUGACUUCGAUGAACUCCUUGAUGAAGAAAGAUUCAGCACAAUAGAAAAAAUCAAAACAGUUAGUGCCACAGCUACAUAUAUGGCGGCAUCUGGCCUGAAUCCAACCCAUAAGCACUGCAGGAAUACCGAUGGUCCGGAACACCUGUGUGCUCUGGUAGACUACGCGAUGCUCAUGCGGCUCAAGCUUGACGAGAUCAACAAGGACUCCUUUAACAACUUCGGCUUGAGAAUUGGAAUCUCUUGCGGGCCGCUCGUGUGCGGUGUGAUCGGCGCCCGGAAGCCCGUUUUUGACAUUUGGGGGGACACCGUCAAUCUGGCGUCCAGGAUGGAUUCGACGGGCAUCAUGGGGGCCAUUCAGGUUCCCAAGGAAACCGCGCAAAUACUAGGACUAAGAGGAUAUGAACUCAAGAAACGUGGAAUCAUAGAAGUGAAAGGGAAGGGACUAAUGGAAACAUACUUCGUCAUUGGAAGACAACUGAAGAAGCCACAAUGCUUUCAAAGGCAACCAAGCCAUUAUAGUAGUUUGGCAGCAGUUGUGUAUGCCAUGGCCCAAACUAGAAGAAAACAUACAGGAAACACACCUGGAAGUUCUGUGUUCGGAAGAGCAAGGACACAACAGAAAUCUGAUGGUAGUAGGAAAAUUAUGAACUACAGCUCAAUGAGGUUGACGCACAAGCCUGGAGGCUAUCCAGUGAGAAGAAAUACUACGAGGGGAAACCAAAGAAACAUGCACGCCAGGUCCCAGCCAAAUAUGCGGCAGCUGUCCGGUUCUGGUAUCCACUUGGAGAACGCAAAGUCCAUGAAGUCCAUCGACAGGGAGAACGCGUCGAAUGCCCUCCACCGCAUGACGGCGUCCCAGUCCGCCCCGCACACCCCCGUCUCCGCCGCCACCCACGAUGGACCGCUCUUCAAGGCGGUGCCGCGGCUGCUGUCCGAGCCGAUCGUCAACAGGUCGAAGAGCUGCUCGCCCGGCACCAAGACCAGCCGGCUGGAGAAGAACGCCUUCAGUUUGGUGGAGAAGAAGAACGAGUUCAACGACAGCUUCAAGAUCAAAAAUACUGGGAUAGUUCCAGUGCAUUCACCAAAACAUAUGAUCAAAAAAGAAUCAAAGUUUUCCCUCAGAUCCCCACUCAUAAGAAGAGAAACAAAAGUGCAGUUGGAGAAUGCGACGAACAAGGAGAAGUUGAACAAGGUGCAUUCCUUGGAUGGGACUCAUGUAUGAAGUUAUGUCAUGUGACGAACUAAUUUUCUCUUGAUGCUCUCAGAAAAAAUGGAGGAAAUGACAACUGAGUUGAAGAAGCCCAUGAAUCAAUUUUUCACUGAUUAUAUAAUUCUUUUGUCUUUCCCCUAAUGAAAAUUGGAAAUAUCUCUACGCAAGAUUCUUGCGAUUGUAUUAGGUGGUAUGUAUGGUCAAAGUACCCUGUAUAUGGCAACCUAAUAGGACUGAUGAAGAAUAUGAACUGUAUGUGCGUAACUAACAAAAUAUGAAUGUGUUCAAAGAGACUAUAGGUAUAACGUUGUCAAUCAUUCCUUUUGGUUUUAUUCAAUGUUGUGUUUUAUUGUAAUGAAG